AUGCUCCCAGCAAGAUCUGAGGCACUGGUGCUUCUGGUAGCCCUACUGGGAAAGACUGCAUCCACAGGCAGCCAGGAUGCACCCUCAUUGCCCUGGGAAGUGCAGCGCUAUGACGGCUGGUUCAACAAUCUGAGGCAUCACAAGCGUGGUGCUGCUGGCUCGCGGCUGCAGCGCCUGGUACCUGCCAGUUACGCUGAUGGCGUUUAUCAGGCUCUGGAGGAGCCGCUGCUGCCCAACCCUCGCCUACUUAGCAACGCCGCGACCCAGGGCAGAGCAGGGCUGGCGUCCCUCCACAACCGCACAGUGCUGGGGGUCUUCUUUGGCUACCACGUGCUCUCAGACCUGGUGAGUGUGGAAAUGCCAGGCUGCCCGGCCGAGUACCUCAACAUUUAUAUCCCGCGUGGGGACCCAGUGUUUGACCCUGACAAGCGCGGGAACGUGGUGUUGCCUGUCCAAAGGAGCCGCUGGGACCCCGAGACUGGAAAGAGCCCCAGCAACCCCCGGGACCUGACCAACCAGGUGACAGGCUGGCUGGAUGGCAGCGCCAUCUAUGGCUCCUCGCACUCCUGGAGCGACGCGCUGCGGAGCUUCUCUGGAGGACAGCUGGCAUCCGGGCCGGAUCCUGCCUUCCCGCGGGACUCACAGGACCCUCUGCUCAUGUGGACCGCUCCUGACCCGGUCACCGGGCAGGGCGGGGCGCAGGGACUGUAUGCCUUCGGGGCCCAGCGAGGGAACAGGGAGCCCUUCCUGCAGGCGCUGGGCCUGCUGUGGUUCCGCUACCACAACCUGUGUGCGAGGCGGCUGGCCCAGGAGCACCCGAGCUGGGGGGAUGAGGAGCUGUUCCAGCAUGCGCGCAAGAGGGUCAUUGCCACCUACCAGAAUAUUGCUCUGUAUGAGUGGCUGCCCAGCUUCCUGCAGAAAACGCCCCCAGAGUAUUCGGGGUACCACCCUUUCAUGGACCCCAGCAUCUCCCCAGAGUUCGUGGUGGCCUCUGAACAGUUCUUCUCCACCAUGGUGCCCCCUGGUGUCUACAUGAGGAACUCCAGCUGUCAUUUUCAGAAAUUCCCAAACAAGGAUUUUGGCAGCUCUCCAGCUCUCAGAGUCUGCAACAGCUACUGGAUUCGGGAGAACCCAAAUCUAAAGAGUGCCCAGGAGGUGGAUCAGCUGCUGCUGGGAAUGGCCUCCCAGAUUUCAGAGCUGGAGGACAGGAUAGUGAUUGAAGACCUGAGAGAUUAUUGGCCUGGCCCAGACAAAUUCUCCCGCACAGACUAUGUGGCCAACAGCAUCCAACGUGGCCGCGAUCUGGGGCUGCCCAGCUAUAGCCAGGCUCUGAUGGCCUUGGGACUGGAGCCCCCAAAGAACUGGAGUGAUCUCAACCCCACAGUAGACCCCAAGGUGCUGGAAGCCACAGCUGCUCUGUACAGCCAAGACCUGUCCCGGCUAGAGCUACUCCUGGGUGGACUCCUGGAAAGUCAUGGGGACCCUGGACCUCUGUUCAGCACCAUCGUCCUUGACCAGUUUGUGCGCCUCCGGGAUGGUGACCGAUACUGGUUUGAGAACACCAGGAAUGGGUUGUUCUCCAAGGAGGAGAUUGCAGAAAUCAGAAAGACCACCUUGCGAGAUGUGCUGAUAGCUGUCUCUAAUGUGGACCCCAGUACCUUGCAGCCCAAUGUCUUUUUCUGGCAAGAAGGUGCACCCUGCCCACAGCCCCAGCAGCUUACAACUGAAGGCUUGCCCCACUGUGUGCCCCUUAUGGUGACUGAUUACUUCGAGGGCAGUGGUGCUGGCUACGGCAUAGUCAUUGUGGCGCUCUGUUGCUUUCCAUUAGCAAGUCUGGUUGUUGCUGGGAUGGUGGCUCAUUUCCGGAACCGAGAGCGCAAGAAGCUACUAAAGAAAGAAAAAGAGAGUAUGAAGAAGGAAACAGUCAAAGAAGGAAUGGCAGCAAUGGAGUGGCCAGGCCCCAAGGAAAGGAGCUAUCCCAUCAGCAUUCAGCUGCUCCCAGACAGGUGCCUGCAGGUCCUGGACAGACAUCUCACUGUGCUCCGUACCAUCCAGUUGCGGCCCCCACAGCAAGUUAACCUCAUUCUGUCCAGCAACCGGGGACGCUGCACCCUGCUGCUCAAGAUCCCCAAGGAAUAUGACCUGGUGCUGCUGUUUAACUCUGAAGAAGAACGGGACUCCUUUGUGCAGCAGCUGCAGGACCUCUGUGUAUGCUGGACUCUGAGCUUCCACGUGUCUGAGAUGAGCGAGAGUGAGCUAUUUAGGAAGGCUGUGACCAAGCAGCAGCGGGCAUGCAUCCUGGAGAUCUUCUUCAGACACCUUUUUUCUCAGGUGCUGGACAUCAACCAGGCAGAUGCAGGAACCCUGCCCCUGGACUCAUCCCAGAAGGUGUGGGAGGCCCUGACCUGUGAACUGAGCCGGGCUGAGUUUGCUGAGUCCCUGGGCCUCAAGCCCCAGGACAUGUUUGUGGAGUCUAUGUUCUCUCUGGCCGACAAAGAUGGCAAUGGCUACCUGUCCUUCCGGGAGUUCCUGGACAUCCUGGUGGUCUUCAUGAAAGGUUCCCCAGAGGAUAAGUCCCACCUGAUGUUCACCAUGUAUGACCUGGAUGGGAAUGGUUUCCUCUCCAAGGAUGAAUUCUUCACCAUGAUGCGGUCCUUUAUUGAGAUCUCCAACAACUGCCUGUCCAAGGCCCAGCUGACUGAGGUGGUGGAGUCUAUGUUCCGGGAGUCAGGCUUCCAGGACAAGGAGGAGCUGACGUGGGAAGACUUCCAUUUCAUGCUGCGGGACCACAACAGCGAUCUCCAGUUCACAAAGCUGUGUGUCAAAGGUGGAUCUGGAGGUAUCCUCUUGUUCUUCCUUUCAGGUGUUGGGGACAUCUUUAAGCAAAGCAGUGGCUGUAGAGUGUCAUUCAUCACUCGGACUCCUGGGAACCGCUGCUGCCCUCAGGAACUGGCACUCCCCAGUUUGGAAGCCCCAGAGCUGGGAGGUUCUGGCCUAAAGAAGAGGUUUGGCAAAAAGGCAGUGGGGCCCCCUCCCCGGUUGUACACAGAAGCUCUACAGGAGAAGAUGCAGCGCGGCUUCUUGGCCCAGAAGCUACAGCAGUUCAAGCGCUUCGUGGAGAACUACCGGCGCCACAUCGUGUGUGUCACAAUCUUCUCAGCCAUCUGUGUGGGCCUGUUUGCAGACCGUGCCUAUUACUAUGGCUUUGCCUCACCACCUACGGACAUUGAAGAGACGACCUAUGUGGGCAUCAUCCUGUCACGGGGAACAGCAGCCAGCAUCUCCUUCAUGUUCUCCUAUAUCCUGCUCACCAUGUGCCGCAACCUCAUCACCUUCCUGAGGGAGACCUUCCUCAACCGCUACAUUCCCUUCGAUGCAGCAGUAGACUUCCAUCGCUGGAUUGCUAUGGCUGCAGUUCUCCUGGCUAUUCUCCACAGUGCUGGCCAUGUGGUCAAUUUCUACAUCUUCUCAGUCAGUCCCCUCAGCCUGAUGGCCUGUGUCUUCCCCAACGUCUUUGUGAAUGAUGGGUCUAAGCUUCCCCAGAAAUACUACUGGUGGUUCUUUGAGACAAUUCCAGGUAUGACAGGAGUUCUCCUGCUCCUGGUCCUGGCCAUCAUGUACGUCUUCGCCUCCCAUCACUUCCGCCGUCACAGCUUCCGGGGCUUCUGGCUGACCCACCACCUCUAUGUUGUGCUUUAUGCCCUGCUCAUCAUCCACGGCAGCUUUGCCCUCAUCCAACUUCCCAGUUUCCACAUCUACUUCCUGGUCCCAGCAAUUAUCUAUGGAGGGGACAAACUGGUGAGCUUGAGCCGGAAGAAGGUGGAGAUCAGUGUGGUGAAGGCUGAGCUGCUGCCUUCAGGAGUGACGUACCUGCAGUUCCAGCGGCCUCAGGAUUUUGAAUACAAAUCAGGGCAGUGGGUGCGGAUCGCCAGCCUGGCUCUGGGAACCAAUGAGUACCACCCCUUCACACUGACCUCUGCACCCCAUGAGGACAUGCUCAGCCUGCAUAUCCGAGCUGUGGGACCUUGGACCACUCGCCUCAGGGAGAUCUACUCACCCCCAAAGGGUGACAUCUGUCCCAAAUAUCCAAAGCUGUACCUCGAUGGACCAUUUGGAGAGGGCCACCAAGAGUGGCAUAAGUUUGAAGUGUCAGUGCUGGUGGGAGGGGGCAUUGGAGUCACUCCCUUUGCCUCCAUCCUCAAAGACCUGGUCUUCAAAUCUUCCUUGGGCAGCAAAAUGCACUGUAAGAAGAUCUACUUCAUCUGGGUGACGAGGACUCAGCGGCAGUUUGAGUGGCUGGCUGACAUCAUCCGGGAAGUGGAGGAAAAUGACUGCCAGGACCUGGUGUCUGUACACAUUUACAUUACCCAGCUGGCUGAGAAGUUUGACCUCCGGACCACCAUGCUGUACAUCUGUGAGCGGCACUUCCAGAAGGUGCUGAACCGGAGUCUGUUCACCGGCCUGCGCUCUGUCACCCACUUUGGCCGUCCUCCCUUUGAGCCCUUCUUCAACUCCCUGCAGGAAGUUCAUCCACAGGUGCGCAAGAUUGGUGUGUUCAGCUGUGGCCCUCCAGGGAUGACCAAGAAUGUAGAGAAGGCCUGCCAGCUCAUCAACAGGCAGGAUCGGGCCCACUUUGUGCACCACUAUGAGAACUUCUGAGCCUGCCCCACCUCUGCGGACCUCAGCUGCCCAUCCCUAUUGGUGAUUUCUCUGACAGAAUCCACUUGAGACCUCAGCCAGAGAACUGAAGAGUCCCUCUCGAGUUGGCCCAUCUAUCCCAUGUUCUAGGCAGAUAGACA